CAGCGCACUCAUCAUGCACGCCGGACUGCGUGAGGACACACCGCACGCGGGGCACAAGGAGGAAGAGGGAGCGGCGGGUGGCGACAAGCGACAGACAAUAACAUAACCGACAGGUUUUCAGGACGUUAGAUAACAACUUUUUCAAGACCACCGGGUAGUUUUUUUUCUUUUUAAACAUGUCUUAAUUGUAUUAAAAUACUUUAAAUGCAUCGGAACGUUGAGAAAAGCGAGUUGUUUGCGGAAGUAAGUAAAGUUGAGUUGAAGGAAGUUCAGACGGAGAAGGAAAAGUAACCGAAAAGUGGUGUCAAAUUCGAGAGGAUCCUAGUUCUUGGGACGGGGUCCGACCCUUGGGAGAUGGAUACCCACGUAAAAGAGGGACAACUUUACGUUCAACAUCAGAAGUUUAUAAAGAAAUGGAAGAAGAACUGGUUUGUCCUCUACCCAGCCAGUCAAAACGGCAUCGCUCGCCUAGAGUUCUACGACUGCUCAGGGGGCGGGGCCAGCGACAAACCCAACACCAAGAAACUAGACAAGAAGAUUAUCCGUCUAUCAGAUUGUAUCUCCAUCCUCCCUUCCCUCACUGAAGCCUGUCCCAAAGACAAUAUGUCCGCCUUUUGUGUGGAGACCAACGACAAGACUCAUGUGCUCGCUGCAGAGAGAAGCGUCAGCACGGAGUGGGUGGAGAAGAUGUGUGAGAUCGCCUUUGGGGGGGUUAGUGGUAGCAGCAGUAGUGUGUCUGACUCUAACGGAAAGACUAAUCUAGAGAUGGCUGAGAAUCUCAUCUAUUACAGCCGAGAAGAGGUGAAUGAGUUCUGGGUGAGUGUGCAGAGGACAGAGGCCUCAGAGCGUUGUGGUCUGUUGGGAACCUACUGGCUGAAGGCCGACAAUGACAGUCUCAUACUGAAGGAGUCCAAGACCAAGAGCAGUCUACUGAUCUGGCCCUACAAACUACUGAGGAGAUACGGACGAGACAGGGUGAUGUUUUCGUUCGAGGCGGGGCGGCGCUGUGAGUCUGGUCCGGGGAACUUCAACUUCGAGACCAAACAGGGUAACGAGAUCUUCCUCAUAGUGGAGCAGGCCAUCCAAUCACAGAAAGCCCUGGCCGAGGAGUGCAAUCUCAGCUACCAUUUAAGCAGCCUCGAAUAUGACCCUAGCCCUGCCCUCAUGCAGCAACGCAACGCCGUGGCAACGGGCGGUGGCUUGGUAGUCGACAGCAACAGCAGUAACCGGGAUCUGGAUGGGGAUUCCAGUUCCGGAGGGAGUAAGCCUGGAUCAGCCGACGGAGUGUUCGGGAGGAGGGAGGGAGAUGGAGGGAAGAGCCAAAAUCAGAACCAAAAAGGGAGGAGUUUACCAGAGCCACCGCCGUUGGUGAUAGGAGUGGGCGGGACGCCCCCACGCUCGCCCAUGACUCGAGGAGGUAAAGGAGUAGGAGCGCCCCCGUCUCAAGAGGAACAGGGUAGUGUGUACUCUGAACCCGCUGACUCUGUCCGCGUCUCCUCUCUCUCUGCCGGUGACUGUCUCUACUCUGACCCUGUUGAUACUAUCAAGACACAGACCCCCAACCCCCCAAACCUUCCCAUCCCCACCCCCCGACUCCGACCCCUCGGUGACGAGGGAGGUCGAAACCAUAGCAACAACCAGCCUGAUCCCCUCUAUUCAGACCUCUAUGAUCAGAUCGGUUUGGAUCUGAUACAGAAGAUGGGUGUUAUGGGGCUGGAGGAAGGAGGACGAAGAGGAGGGAGAGGAGGAGGAGGAGGGGGAGGCGGUAACAUGCGUUCGCUCGGGGGACAGGCGGAAAAAGCAUCGUCAUCGUCACUCACCGACACCGAACACAUCUAUGAUGAACCAGAGGGCCGAGCAGGAGGUGGUGUUUCGGGAAUGGGAAUAGACAGCCCUCCUCCUCAGCCCCACGACGGGCUCUACAACCUGGCUACGGACAGCUACGCAGUCCCCUCCUACGGAAAACAAUCACAGCCUCCCCUUGUCAUCAGAGGACCAGGGGGCUCCAAAUGGCCACCCAAGCCUGUUACCACCCCCAAGCCCAAAAAGGCUGCUCUUCCUCGGAAGGAUCCCGUGCCUCUGCCCCUGGGGAAGGCUGGGCCUGGAGGUCCAACUAACCUGAACAAUAAUAACAGUAGCGGAGGCUUUGGGAUUGGAGGAGGGGCCGGGGGUGUAGUUGGUGGAGGAGGGGGGGGAGACAGGGCCGGGGGUGUAGUUGGUGGAGGGGGGGGAGACAGGGCCGGGGGUGUAGGUGGGGAAGGAGGAGGGGAAGGGAGGCACACACAGCUGUACAGUAAGGUGUCGAGGCACAAGCCCCCUCCCAUUCCCUGGUACCCCCAUACCGGCCUGCGAUCCCCUGAUAUCAUCUAUGACAAUCUUGGAGACAUUUAA